GUCUCCCGUAUCUUCCAACAAUAAUGGAUCGUUUCAUCUUCUCUCUCUCCCUCUCUCUCUCCCUCUCUCUCACGUCUUAUCCAAUCGUAUCUGUCGCCAGCCCCGGCGAGAUUGACGCCGGAUUCGAUAAUCCGAUAAGGCAAGUGGUACCGGAGGACCAUCUCCUCCACGCAGAGCACCAUUUCUCUCUCUUCAAGUCCAAGUACAGUAAGUCCUACGCGACUCAGGAGGAGCAUGACUACCGAUUCCGAAUCUUCAAGGCGAAUCUCCGCCGAUCCAGACGUCACCAGGUUCUUGAUCCCUCCGCCGUCCAUGGCGUCACCAAAUUCUCCGAUCUCACUCCUAAGGAGUUCCGCCGCCAGUUCCUCGGUCUGAAACGGCGGCUCCGUCUUCCGGCUGAUGCUCAACAGGCGCAGAUUCUCCCCACGAACGACCUUCCGACUGAAUUCGAUUGGCGCGAUCACGGUGCUGUAGCCCCUGUUAAAGACCAGGGCUCUUGUGGAUCGUGUUGGUCAUUCAGCGCGACGGGUGCGUUGGAGGGAGCUCAUUUUCUUUCGACUGGAAAUCUUGUCAGCUUGAGCGAGCAGCAACUGGUCGAUUGCGACCACGAGUGUGAUCCUGAAGAACGUGGGUCAUGUGACUCUGGUUGCAAUGGUGGGUUGAUGAACAAUGCAUUCGAGUACGCACUCAAAGCCGGCGGCCUUAUGAAGGAGGAAGAUUACCCGUACACAGGACGUGAUGGUAAAGUUUGCAAAUUCGACAAGAGCAAGAUCGCUGCAAGGGUUGCUAAUUUCAGUGUUGUCUCAUCGGAUGAAGACCAAAUUGCUGCAAAUCUAGUGAAGCACGGUCCUCUCGCAAUUGCUAUCAAUGCCAUGUGGAUGCAAACUUACAUCGGAGGGGUUUCAUGCCCAUACAUAUGUUCAAAGCGUCAGGACCACGGAGUGCUUCUGGUCGGAUAUGGAUCUGCAGGUUAUUCUCCGAUCCGCCUCAAGGAAAAGCCUUAUUGGAUCAUAAAGAACUCGUGGGGAGCCAACUGGGGAGAGGAGGGGUACUACAAGAUCUGCCAUGGCCGCAAUCUCUGUGGUAUGGAUACAAUGGUCUCUUCCGUUGCUGCCGUCCAUACCUCAACUCAGUGAAUGGUUAUAGGGUUAACUACAGAACUGAGUCUAGACUCGUUGGGGUAUUUGCUUCGUGUGUAUAUAAAACAUAAAACCAGGAUUUGAAACUGUUCGUUCCCUAGUAUUGUUGCAGGAGAAGGUGUCAAAUUCCCUGCUUUCUGUUA